AUGUAUCUGAUGGAUGUAUUCUAUCAGAUCCUUAUUCGUAAAUGGGAUAUUCCGUACACAGUAGUGAGCACCCCCAGUGGUAUGCUCUGGGAGUGGCUAGUGAUGCCACAGGGGCUAAGUAACGCCCCUGCAACAUUCAACAGGUGUGCUGCAAACCCGUUGCCAUCGGUGCGCGAUUUUGCACCGAGUUACUUUGACAAUGUCUUCGUCCAUAGCCGGGCUAUGGAUAGGAGGAAAGACGUGGAGGUUCAUAAAAUCCACGUCCGGAAGGUUCUUAUACUAAUGCGAGAGCAUAAGUUGUUCGCGAACCUCAAGAAGUGUAUAUUCGCAGCGAACAAAAUACCACUUCUUGGCUGCAUCGUGGGUGAAAACGGUGGACGCCCUGAACCGGAAAAGAUCAAGGCGAUUAGCAACUGGCCCGUGCCAGUCGACGUCAAGGGGCUUCGAAAGUCCCUUGGCUUGGCGGCGUACUUGCACAAGUACUCGCGCAUUUACGCCGAUAUAAACUUACAUCUCUCUCGUCUGCUAAAGAACAACUAG